CUAGUUUAGAUGCUAAAUAAACAUGAUUUCAGGUGCGUUUUACGCAUUAUUAGCGGGCUUUCUUGGAGCCGUCGCCUCCUCGUCAGCCAAGCUAUCUCUGGGCUCAGACUACCUCAAAGGGAUGUGUGAAACAGGGCUGAAAACCUGGUUUCAGGAUGGGGACUACAGGAUUAUUCAGGCGGAAACAUCACCCUGCGAAUGGCUCCACAUCCCUCUGCGGUUGCUGUGUGGAGGACUGCUGUUCACCAGUAAUGCUGUGAUGUGGACCUUCUUCUCCAAGGCUCUGAGACACUCCUCCUCCUCAGCCCGGGCCACGGUCACCACCACUGCAUCCAACUUUGUUUCCUCUGCAUUCCUUGGGAAGCUGCUCUUUGGCGAGACCCACGCAGCACUGUGGUGGGUGGGCAUCUCUCUAACGCUCUCAGGUUUACUGGUGCUGCACGGAUCAACUUCCCAACCAGCAGAGGCCAAGAAGGAAGAGUGAAGGACUGUCCACAUGUGGAAUAAGAAGUGUAAUAACAAUUCCACUGCGUCAAUCACCCCACUGGACCGCCUCGCCGUUAAACAAACGCUUUCUGGCUCAAAUCAUCUGGAUUUCACGAGAACCAUGUUCUAUUACCACAAAAGGGCUUUGAUGUUACACCUGACUGUACACGGAUUCUAACAUGUUACGCCUGACUGUACACGGAUUCUAACAUGUUACGCCUGACUGUACACGGAUUCUAACACGUUACACCUGACUGUAUACGGAUUCUAACAUGUUACACCUGACUGUACACGGAUUCUAACAUGUUACGCCUGACUGUACAUGGAUUCUAACAUGUUACACCUGACUGUACACGGAUUCUAACAUGUUACACCUGACUGUACACGGAUUCUAACAUGUUACGCCUGACUGUACACGGAUUCUAACAUGUUACGCCUGACUGUACACGGAUUCUAACAUGUUACACCUGACUGUACACGGAUUCUAACAUGUUACGCCUCACUGUACACGGAUUCUAACAUGUUACGCCUGACUGUACAUGUUACACCUAACUGUACAUGUUACACCUGACUGUACACGGAUUCUAACAUGUUACGCCUGACUGUACACGGAUUCUAACAUGUUACACCUGACUGUACAUGUUACACCUGACUGUACACGGAUUCUAACAUGUUACACCUGACUGUACACGGAUUCUAACAUGUUACGCCUGACUGUACAUGUUACACCUAACUGUACAUGUUACGCCUGACUGUACACGGAUUCUAACAUGUUACACCUGACUGUACACGGAUUCUAACAUGUUACGCCUGACUGUACAUGUUACGCCUGACUGUACACGGAUUCUAACAUGUUACAUCUGACUGUACACGGAUUCUAACAUGUUACACCUGCCUGUACAUGGAUUCUAACAUGUUACACCUGACUGUACACGGAUUCUAACAUGUUACACCUGCCUGUACAUGGAUUCUAACAUGUUACACCUGACUUUACAUGGAUUCUAACAUGUUACACCUGACUGUACACGGAUUCUAACAUGUUACGCCUGACUUUACAUGGAUUCUAACAUGUUACACCUGACUUUACAUGGAUUCUAACAUGUUACACCUGACUGUACACGGAUUCUAACAUGUUACACCUGACUGUACACGGAUUCUAACAUGUUACGCCUGACUUUACAUGGAUUCUAAUGUACGAUAUGACCAAGGUCUGCACUCCAUACACAAACAUGAUCAGGCUUUUCAACACUACAUUAUUAUGCAAACAAAGAAUUUUGAAUACUACUGUUGAUAUGUAUAUUUUAUUGACAAUAUUGUAGUGACCUGAAAGACUAAAUGCAUAUCAAUUUAUUGAAAUUAGAGUUUUGUAAAUAAACCUUUACAUGAAAUAUCUUGUCA